ACUCUCGUAGAUCUACUCCAGUGUUGAAAAUAUAAUGCAAAUGCACGUGCGGAUUGUCGUUUUCAAAUGAACUCUAAUCUGCCUGGUGCCAGUGCAUGCUGCGUCUGUCACCCGCCUGGUACAUAACAGUCUUUCAUUGAAAACUAUUUUGAGUCGUUCUUUAUUUCGUUCAGAGUUUCUGAAGCUCGUUGUACGAUGAUUUGUAACUCGUACUCCGCGCUAGCGCUCUAUCAUAGUACCAGGGGAUGACUUAGCGGCAACGCUGCUUCCGAAAUCGAAGGAACAGUAAUUUUGCGGCGAAACGGUACGAGUACACACAGCUAGCUGGUGAAGGACACAAACUGAGAUAAUCACCGCGGAUCUCACCCGUCGCGCAUGUAGCGGGAGUGCGGUGUGCAUACCAAGGUGGUUGAGCCACGACGCUUCCUCUUGUCAGUUGAGGCUGAGCGGCGACACGAGAUGGAGUGGUCAACGCACACGCACGCGCUCCUGUCGCGCAAGCUGACGCGGUCCAAGCUGAGUAUACAGCAGCUCCACGAGCAGCGCGAUCAACUGCGGAUGCACGUCCGCGACACUGAGAACCGUCACGAUGCUCUGCUGCAGAACAGGGACAAGGCGCGCCAGGCCCUGGAAAGGAGCAAACAGGCAGCCAACCGUCCCCGGCAGGAUCUUCACACGAGUGAGCUGAACGCCCUGGCGAGCAGUAUUGCUCUGGAGAAGAACACACUCGAGGAUGCUCGGCGUGACCUUACCGAUAUCAACCAGAAACUGGUUAAAGCCAUGGAUGACCAUGCCGGACUGGAACUCGAGGUAAGCAAGGCUGGCUUGAGUGAUGCAAUCACACAGAGAAAGUCCACGCUGGCAACCAAGGCAGAGGAGAGACGAGCGAGAGAAACGGGAAUACAGGAGACUGCCACUAGGGCCUUGGCCACGAGGUCCUUGGAGACUGUGGGUAGUGGGGUCGAACACCUGGCGGUCUCUGCUCCAGGAACAAAGCCAGCUGAUCUCAUUGCUCAAGCCACCAAGGAGAAACGGCAAGCAGGCCUGGCCAGAGAGGCUGAGGAAAUGCAGGCCGCCGAGGACAAGAAGGUGCGCGACGUUCUGGACUUUCAGAGCAACAUGGACGAGCAAAAGAAAAUUCUGGCCGAGCAGACGCGUCUCCGAGCUCAGCGCAGAAAGAGAGAAGAGCAGCAUGAGGAUCUGGAGCGUACGGAGCUGGCAAAGCAAGGGAUCAACGUGCUGUCUGAAACCUGCCGCGCAAAGAACAAACUCGAGCGAGAGGCGAACGAGAAGAAAUUUGCGUUGGAGCAGGAGCACAAAAAGAUGGAGCUGUCCAGAACAUUGGAGCAGCAGAGAGCAGUGUUGCAGCAGCGAAGCGCAACGGCAAGCAAACCCCAGUGGCACGACAGGGCAGACAUCAAGAGCCAGUGCACCUUAACCUGCUAG